AUGAGCAUAGCUGAACUUAGCAAUUAUGCUGAAGAAUUGGUUAAACAUUUGAAAGAUGCAAAGGCCCAUGACCAUGCACAAAAUCAGAUCCAGAAAUUAGAAUUUAAUGAGAAAUACGAUUGUCCUGAAUUCUUUUACUUGGAAAAUGUUCAGAAAAGACUUAAGGAUUGUAAUAUUACCAAUUCCCCUACAAUGCAAAAUUUAAUAGAUAUAAUGAUAAUGUUAUCUAUGAGGUUAGCAGAUGUUGCAAAUCUUCGUAUUGAUUACUAUAAACCAUCUAAUGCUGAUUGGUAUGAUCCUAAAUAUUCUUGGUACUGUACUGGAUAUGCAAAAAAUAAACAAGAUGAAUCUAGACCAUUAGUAUCUAUGAAAAAAGAUUCACUACUGGCUAGAGAAUUACUUAUUUGGAUCCAGAAAGCAAUUCCUAACUAA